AUGCUCACCUAAUCAGAGUCUUCAUUCAUUCAUCAGCUCAAUAUACAUGGUGGAGAUCUGGACCUGGAUUCUUAGUAAAACCUGCAUAAUAAUCUAAAUGGUGGAGCAAAUAAUAGUAUCAAAAGCAAAAUAGAUGAAUUCACAUUGUUGAUUCGAAUUAUAAAACUGGAAAGAAUACAUUUCCUUAAAGAGAUUUAAUUUAAGCAAUUGUUCAUCAUCACUUAGAAGGACAUGUUCACAGGUGACAGCAUACUACACUAUGCGAUAUUUGACAACAAGACAGAACUGACAAAGCAGAUCAUAGAGCUCAAUCAAAAUGAAGUUAAUAUGAGGAAUGAGGAUGGAAAUACACCCCUGGCUUAUGCUUGCUUGAGAGGCAACUUAGAGAUAGUCAAACUUCUACACAGCACCGGGGCUAUUAUGAAUCAAAAGAAUUAAGCCAACCUUAGUCCAUUAAUGAUGGCUAUACAUAAUAGCCACUACUUUGUUGUGCACUAUUUGCUAGGAAUAGAGUAAGUAGUAGAAGGUGUGCUAGGUGCCUUCGAACUAUACAGAUUAUUGCAAUUUGGAAUAAGCAGUCUCAGCUCUUAGAUAUUUUUCUUGCUUGUUGAAGUGUUCCAAAAUAAGAUUGAAGAGAUCUAAGGAAAAUAUGGCCAGUCAAUAUGGGAUAUGAAGUACAGUAAUUAGAGUUCAUAAAAUGCAGAUGUUUUUAAUAAUGUGAAUGGAUAAGACAUGUCUAAAGAUGAUGCUUAUAACAGCAUUGACAAUUCAAAUUCACUAACAUACAAGGACAUGCUAGCAGCAAAUCAAAGUGGAUACACAUUGCUUCACUUUGCUUGCUCUUGUGGAAACUAUGAUAUUUUUGAGUUCAUUCUAAGCUAAGUUUAGAAUCUGGCUUAAUUGUUGUUUGAAUAUGACAACCACACUAAGGAAACUCCACUUCAUUGGGCAGUCUUAAAAAAUAACUAUCGAAUAGUUCAGCAACUAAUAGUCGAGUAUCAAAGCAUAGUAGGGUUAAAUUUUGAUUAAGAUCGAGCUGAUUAGAGUGAAUUGCAUAUUAACCAGUCAAGUAUUCAGAGAGACAGCUUGAAGAGUAUAUUAGAUUUGGAGAACAACAACUAGCAUACGCCCUUCUUCGUGGCAAUUACCAAAGGUUACCUAGAUGUUGCAGAGAUUCUCCUUGAAAAUGGACUGUCUAGCAUUGAUGUCAAAGAUAUGGCAGGUGACACUCCUCUUCACUGGGGAGUCAUACUAGGCAAUAUAAAGACAGUGGAGUUUCUGAUAUCAAAAGGCAUCAACGUAGACGAGCAGAACUAUAACCAAAACACUCCACUUAUGAUUGCUUGCACUCAUUCUCAUUUUGGUAUAGUUGAGACUCUAAUCAGACACAAUGCAAAUGUGAAUAAAGAAAAUGCGAACGGCAUGAUAUCCUUUCAUGCAGCAUGCUUAAGCGGCAAUAUAGAUGUGGUAGAAUACCUUCUGGACAACAAAGCUGAUUUUAUGAAGAGAGACAGAAAAAACUUCUUGCCGCUACACUAUGCAGUGAUCAAGGACCAGGCCAAACUCAUCAAGUAUCUUCAAACGGAAAGGCACUUCAGCAUUUUGAACCCAAAAUAUUUCUAUGAUAAUACACAGACAUUGAUGUCUCUGGCAGUACUUAAUGGCAGUUAUUAGACAAUCCAGCUGUUCGCUAGUGAGUGGGGAGACAACCUGGAUAUCAGAGACACCGAGGGCAAUACAUAUCUGCACUUGGCUGCAAUGAGCGGACAUGUGAAUGUAUUUCUGUUCUUUUUGAACAAACAGAUCAGCAUAUCAAGUAAGAACUCUCGUGGCAAGACAGCCAUUGAACUUGCCAAGAUAUAUAAAUAGGAUCACUUGAUCAGAUAUCUGAGAGAUAACUUCGAAGAGACUAAUGUGCUCAGAAAUUUCGUAUCAAACACAAAUUUAAAUGCAAAUGCUGCGCAGAAUAUCAGUAAUCAUAAUAAUAAUUCUAGAUAGAGGCAUUGA